UUCCCGCUUGCCUACAAGCCAUUAUUUUUCGAGUUUCAUCCGCAGCCACAGUGCAAAAUAGGUUUAUCAAUUUAAUUUAAGUGUUAAAGUAGUUCUAAAGUGUUUUUUAAGUUGCGCACGCGAUCGAGGCCACCCUGGAUGGAUGUGCAUUGUGCCCGCCGAUCGAUUGGAGUUCUUUCAUAGAGUAUAAGGUGAUUUUGCCGUGACUUUUGCGCACGAGAAAAUCAUUUUUUUGGGUACGGAAGAAGCUGCAGUCGCCGUUUGAAUCCGUAGUUGCAGAGGUUACAUCUCCAAGAUGCAGCACAAUGUUCAUGCCGCCCGGCCAGCGCCCCACAUCCGGGCUGCCCACCAUCACAGCCACAGUCACAGCCACGGACAUAUGCAGCUUCACCCGGGGAUGGAGCAGCAUCUGGCCACUAGUCUGCAGCAACAGCAACCGCCCCAGCAGCCUCCACAUCGCGACCAUCUUCAUGCGCGUCUGAAUCAUCACCAUCUCCACGCUCAGCAGCAGCAGACGCCGUCGAACCAAGCCGCCGCCGUCGCUGCGGCUGGGGCUGCCUAUCACCACGGCAACAUCAACAGCAGCAGCAACAGCAACAUCGUCAGCAACAGCAAUCAGAUGCAGAAGAUCCGCCAGCAGCACCAGCACUUGAGCAGCAGCAACGGCCUCCUCGGUAGCCAGCCGCCUGGACCACCGCCGCCGCAGGCGUACAAUCCGGCUGCCCUUGCCUACAACCAGCUGCCCCCGCAUCCACAUCCGCCGCCGCCCCACCACAUGGCCGCCCAUCUGGGCAGCUAUGCCGCUCCACCGCCCCACUUCUACAUGAGUCAGGCGAAGCCCUCGAACUACAACCAGUACGGCGGCAACAACAGUAGCGGCGGCAACAGCAGUAGCAACUACGCUCCGAAGGCCAUUCUGCAGAAUACGUACAGGAACCAAAAGGUUGUGAUUCCGCCACCGGUGCAGGAAGUCGCCGCGGUGGCAGAGCCGCCAGUGAACAAAACCGCAAGCACCUCCGCCAGCAGCAACAGCAACGCCAGCAACAACAACAGCAACAACAUAGUCAAAGCCAGCGAGUCCGCCAGCCAAGAGGAGGCCUCACAGGAGCACGAUCCCACGGAGGAGCGAGCUCCGUCAGCCGACGACUGCAGCAGCACGGAGCACAUCGAUGCCACGGGCACCCUGUCCAACGAGGACACGAGCAGCUCGGCACGCGGCGGCAAGGACAAGACGCCCAUGUGCCUGGUCAACGAGCUGGCCAGGUACAACAAGAUCACGCACCAGUAUCGGUUGACAGGAGAACGAGGUCCGGCCCACUGCAAAACCUUCACGGUGACCCUAAUGCUGGGCAACGAGGAGUACUCGGCGGAUGGCUUUAAGAUCAAGAAGGCGCAGCACUUGGCCGCUAGCAAGGCCAUCGAGGAGACCACGUACAAGCAUCCGCCGCCGAAGAUCAGGCGAAGCGAAGAGGGUGGCCCCAUGCGCACCCACAUCACGCCGACGGUGGAGUUAAACGCGCUGGCCAUGAAGCUGGGACAGCGCACGUUCUACCUGCUCGAUCCCACACAGGUUCCCCCGUCGGAUCCCAUGGUGCCGCCGGAGUUCGGAGGAGCUCAUUUGCUGGCGGCGCCGGGAGCGGGAAUGCCACAGCAACCUCCGCCACCCGCAUAUGCUCUGCGGCAGAGGCUCGGCAAUGGAUUCCUGCCCAUUCAAUCGUCGCCGAUGCCUCCGCAUUUCUUCCACGGUCCCGGCCAGCGACCGUUCCCCCCGAAGUACCCGUCGCGGUUUGCGCUGCCCCCGCCCCUCGGCCCGCACGUCCUGCACGGCCCCAACGGUCCGUUUCCCCCAGUGCCGACGCCGCCCAGCAAGAUCACCCUGUUCGUGGGCAAACAGAAGUUCGUGGGCAUCGGACGCACGCUGCAGCAGGCCAAGCAUGACGCGGCGGCCAGGGCGCUGCAGGUGCUCAAGACGCAGGCGAUUUCCGCCUCCGAGGAGGCACUCGAGGACUCGAUGGACGAGGGCGACAAGAAGUCGCCGAUCUCGCAGGUGCAUGAGAUCGGGAUCAAGCGCAGCAUGACCGUGCAUUUCAAGGUGUUGCGCGAGGAGGGACCGGCGCACAUGAAGAACUUCAUCACGGCCUGCAUCGUGGGCUCAAUUGUCACCGAGGGCGAGGGCAAUGGCAAGAAGGUCUCCAAGAAGCGGGCCGCCGAAAAGAUGCUCGUCGAGUUGCAGAAGCUGCCGCCUCUCACGCCCACGAAGCAGACGCCCCUGAAAAGGAUAAAGGUGAAGACCCCGGGCAAGAAUGGAGUUGCGGCGGCGGGCGCUGAAGGUGCCGCGCUGGUGGGCAAACCCGAGAGACGCAAGCGCCUCAAUCCGCCGAAGGACAAGCUGGUGGACCUGGACGAUGCGGACAAUCCCAUCACGAAGCUGAUUCAACUGCAGCAGACGCGCAAGGAGAAGGAGCCCAUCUUCGAGCUGAUAGCCAAGAACGGCAAUGAAACCGCUCGUCGGCGGGAGUUUGUAAUGGAGGUUUCCGCCAGCGGCAGCACAGCCCGUGGAACAGGCAACAGCAAGAAGCUGGCCAAGCGAAAUGCGGCGCAGGCUCUCUUGGAACUGUUGGAAGCGGACGAAUUCAAUCCCAGCAACGAAACAGAGUCAUCGGAAGACGGCAGCACUUCUGCAACAGUGUCUGUGGUCACGCCGCCCGAAGUGGAGGCAACUGCAGAAGCCGAAGUGCCCAUGGUAGCAACGCCAGUGGGUCCCAUGCCAGGGAUUCUAAUACUGCGACAGAACAAGAAACCAGCGAAAAAGAGGGACCAAGUUAUAGUUGCCAAGGCCAACGUGGAAUCGAAAGGGGAGGAGGACAAAAAGGAAGAAACUGUUGCCGAGGAGAAGAGCAGCGCAAAUGGAACUUCUGGCGACAGCAGCAGCGAUUCCCAAUCUACCGAAGCGGCCAGUGAAAGUGCGCUGAAUACUUCUAGCGGCAGCAAUACGAGCGGUGUGAGCAGCAACAGCAGCAAUGUGGGCACCUGCAACGCUGGCAACAAGGAGAACACCAGCAGCAACACGGGCAACGGCAGCAGCAACACGGAAAACAGCAGCACCAGUACAAGCAGCACACCGAGCACAGGAGUCCACAUGAAAGAACAGCUCCUUUAUCUAAGUAAACUGUUGGACUUUGAGGUCAACUUCUCGGACUAUCCCAAGGGCAAUCACAACGAGUUCCUGACCAUUGUGACGCUUUCCACGAAUCCACCACAGAUCUGCCAUGGCGUUGGAAAGAGCUCCGAGGAGUCACAGAACGAUGCGGCCAGCAAUGCACUGAAAAUCCUCAGCAAACUGGGCCUCAACAAUGCCAUGAAAUAAGCAUUAACCGUUGAACAAAUUCUUAAAACCCUUAUUAACUGCAAUUUUUGUUGUUGCACAUAUGCAAGAUAAAAACAAAAACAAUUAAAAUACCCGUCCACAAAGCAAACCUAAACAAAAUCCAAAAACCAAGCUGUGUGCAAAUUCAGAAAAGAAGAAAAAAGAAAUGGUAAUUGAAGCAAUGCAAGAAACAGUACUUUUUGAAAUAGCAAAUUAUUAGUUAAUACCUAUUUAUUUAUUUAUGUGCAAGUUGUGCAACCAGGUGUUAUUAUUUUAUUUAUUUGUUGUGAAUUGAUUAACGAAGCGAACUGAUUGUAACCGAAAUUGAACAGAAGCGAACACUGAACAGAGCCGCAUAAUUAAUCCAAAACGAGAAUUGAACAAUAACUAGACUUAAUGAGAAACCAACAAAAUCGAGAACGAACAGAUGCAAGUGUUUGCACUUUAUAACCUUAGGAUUAAAGCUGAAGUUAAUGGCUCAAUAACCACUUGAAUUGAAUUGAUGAACAAAGGACUAUUGAUCCCUCUUAGCUGCAAGCGUCAAUAGCUUUCAAAAAUAAAUACAAAAUUUCUGAGCACUCCGGUGCAGGACAAAAUUUAAAGGAUAUCCACAUUUGUCGGGAUAAACCAGGCCGUCAUAGAAAAAGAGAAGAGAAACAUUUUGAUUUAUUUUUCAAAGCAAGACAACCAUUAACCGCUUGUGGAAAAAUGCUUGAUGAAACUCGUCGAAUAAUGAAUCUAUUAUACGUAUACUAUAUUUAAGUGUAAAGCAUAAGAAUCGGCGAAUAUAGAAAUGUCGUAUACCCCAUCAACCGUCGGUUUCCCAAACUUUCAGCAAAUAUUUCAAUUUGACAAACGGCAAAGAGUUUGCAAGUUGAACGCACGCUUUGCUGGAUUUUGGAGAUUGACAGCUUAUGGCAAUGUCGGCGAUCACGCCGAAGCAUACAAUAUAAAAUACAAUUUACAUAAUCGUUAUAAUUAUAAUUACGAAUGUUUAAUAAGCCAUUUUUGUAAAUGUUCAGCUUUUGGCAAGUGCAAGAGCUAAAAGCUGAACAUCCUUAUGAAUAAUGAAUCGUGUUGUUUAAUCUACCAUGUUUUUUGUCCCCCAAUGUAUCUUGCUUGUUUUUGAAUCCGUUUUAUGUUAGUUAUGUUAUCCUGUCCUCAAUACACACACACACACACACACAACUCGAAAUUUCAAGUACCAUAGUUUUAAAUGCGUUUGCCCCUUAACAGCACCAGUUGAUUAAGCGUUAAGUUGCGUUAUGUAAAAUGUAUUUUGUCUAAGCAAUCGCGUCGGCCGCAAUGUGCAUGAUUGCUUCGCGAUCUGCGAUCCCAACCUAAGCUUAAGCCCCAGCGAACUGUAACCGUUGAAAUUGAAGUCAAACCCAGUAUUAAAUGUAUAUUUAAGGGCAGCUAUCAGCAACUCCCGUAACUACUUACUAGACUCACAGACAUCGUGCACAUUGUUCGCGCCACACAAGUUGUUCGUUUUGUCAGAAGAUUUUGCAGACCCAAAUGCGAUGCGAUCAUAGUCGUGGUCAUAUAAAUUGAUUGUGGGGAGUGGAGGUGGUGUCUGCUUUGCAAAGUCUUCACAAAAUUGAUUGAAAUUAUUAAUCUUAGUGCGAGGCGUAUUCGCAGUACCAACAAGGCGUGAAGAUCUGUUCAUUAACACCAAAUAAAGGCAUCCGAGUCAAGAUGAGAGAACACAUUUAUUAGUCUUAAGCCUGCCCCCACACACUCACUAAGUUUUGUCUAUAUGUAAUGUGACACAUAAGCAUGUUAUAUCAUAAAAACCAUGAAAGCCCCUCAAUGAAACUAUGUAAAAUGUAAUUAUACGAAUAAACAGUGAAAUAAAGUUGGAA